AUGUUCCCCCGAUUGGAGCUCAACAAAGACGAGUCAAACCCUCUCCCUUCUGCCCUAUCAGUUUUUGCAUUGCAAAAUCUGUUCCCUCUCUCGCUAUGGUCACAACAGGAUAUCAUUGACAUUUCGGACUUGGAGACAUUGGACAAAUACGGUGAUUCUGCGUCCCAGCGGCAGUCAGACACGUCUGAACAAAGUUCAAUUGACCAGUCUGUGCUGGAGGGAAUUCGAACACUUGCCUUUGUUGACUUGAGCGACUACAAGAACGAACCUUCUCUUUGGGUUGGAACUAAUCGUGGAUCCGUAUUUGGCUUCACUUUGGACGUAUCGGAAGACUCCAACUCGCAUUCCCUUGGUUAUAACCUCCUGGGUAAGGGCUUGGGGUCCUAUUUGGCGAAUUCUUGA